CGCAGACUCUCCGCCGCCAAACUCUUCCCCAGGGGCUGGGCCAGGCGACCCGCGACCCGGGCGCGGGUGAGUGACGUCACGCGUGGCGUGCCGGGUAGCCCGUGGUAACCCUGGGUCUGCGGAAGUGGGAACCGGAGGGCUGUCGGCUGAGGCAGGAUCGAAAAUUGUGGAACCAUAAUUUGUGACAUCAGAUGUCUUUUGGUCAGCAUGCGCUUAUGACUCUGGAAGAUGAAAGCAGCUAGGAAUCCCUCCUGAAAUUUUAACCUAGAUCUCAAGCAACUAACUGCACCAUGGAAGUAAAGCUGGACCCUUCCCGAGAUGACCUGCCACUCAUGGCCAACACCAGCCACAUACUUGUGAAGCACUAUGUACUGGAUUUAGAUGUGAAUUUUGAAAGUCAAGUCAUUGAGGGCACCAUAGUGCUUUUUUUUGAGUGUGAAAAUAGAGUCAGGAAAUAUAGUAGUUCCACAGAGGAAGUCUGCCGAUUAGAGUCAAAUGAAACCUGCAAAUUUAGGAUGUCUGAACUCUGCCAUGUUCCUGUGACAAAUACAAGGACCUUCUCAUCUACAACGGGAUAUAAUGAUUUUUCACUCUAUAGUAAAGGUGAAAAAGAUACUUCUGAUAAAGAUGGUAACCAUGACAACCAGGAACUGACUUCUGGGAUUCCUAGCUCAAAGUAUUGCUGUGACACAGGGAAUCAUGGGAGUGAGGAUUUUUUGCUAGUGUUGGACUGCUGUGAUUUAUCUGUGUUAAAGGUUGAGGAGGUGGAUGUUGCUGCUGUGCCAGGUAUUGAAAAAUUGACAAGGUCUCCCAAGCUCACAGUUGUUUCUGAGGAGCUUAGGAAUCAGAUUGUUCAUGAACUUGUGGCUCUGCCUGCCGAUCAUUGGAGGGAGCAGUUAGACUAUUACUUUCACUGCAGUCAGGCUCCUGGCUGUGGGGAACUCAUGUUUGACACUGACAUUUGGAGUUUACAGAUCAGGAAGACAGGGGCUCAGACAGCUACUGACUUUCCUCACGCCAUAAGGAUACAGUACAGAACUAAACCCAUGGGGCGAUCAGUUACAUGGACCUCAGACCAGACUGGCAGGCCAUGUGUUUAUACUAUGGGAUCUCCCAUAAACAACAGGGCCCUUUUUCCAUGCCAGGAGCCACCCGUUGCCAUGUCAACAUGGCAGGCUACAGUUCAAGCAGCUGCAUCUUUUGUUGUUUUAAUGAGUGGGGAAAAUUCUGCCAAGCCAACACAACUUCGGGAAGGGUGUUCCAGUUGGUAUUACUAUGUAACCAUGCCCAUGCCAGCCUCCACCUUCACGAUUGCAGUGGGAUCCUGGACAGAAAUGAAGCCAGAGACCUGCUUCUCCAAUACUCUGGCAACAGAGAGGGCCUUCUCCCUUUCUGAAGCUGACUUCAGGCAUGUUGGCAUUUGUGGUCACAUGGAAUACCCCUGCCGCUUCCAGAAUGCCUCUGCAACCACCCAAAAGGUCAUUCCUUAUCGGGUCUUUGUCCCCGAGUGCCUCCAGCGUGCCUGUCAAGAGACCCUUCUGCAGCUGAUCUCUCCCUGCCUCUCAGCAGCACACUCUGUCCUGGGAACACAUCCGUUCUCCAGACUGGAUGUACUCAUCGUCCCUGCCAACUUUCCAAGUCUAGGGAUGGCCAGCCCACACAUCAUCUUCCUCUCCCAGAGCACCUUGACAGGAGCAAGCCAGCUCUGUGGGACCCGCCUCUGCCAUGAAAUUGCCCAUGCCUGGUUUGGUCUGGCUAUCGGGGCCCGAGACUGGACAGAGGAGUGGCUGAGUGAAGGAUUUGCCACUCACUUGGAAGAUGUAUUCUGGGCGGAAGCCCAGCAGCUGGCUCCCCAUGAGGCCCAGGAACAGCAGGAGCUGAGGGCUUGCCUGCGCUGGCGGCGCCUCCAGGAUGAAGUGCGGGACUCCUCUGAGGAGCUGCAGGUGUUGAGACCCAAUAAAGAGAAAACAGGCCACGUGAGUGAUUCAGGAUCAUCUGUCAUCAAGCAUGGGCUCAACCCUGAGAAGGUCUUCAUGCAAGUGCAUUACUUAAAGGGUUAUUUCCUUCUCCGCUUCCUUGCCAAAAGACUUGGAGAUGACAUCUACUUUUCAUUCUUAAAGAAAUUUGUGCACACAUUUCAUGGGCAGUUGAUUCUCUCUCAGGAUUUCCUUCAAAUGCUACUGGAGAGUAUUCCAGAAGAAAAAAGGGUUGAGCUGUCUGUUGAAAACAUCUUCCAAGACUGGCUUGAGAGUUCUGGAAUACCACAGCCGCUGCAGACGGAGCGCCAGGCCCCGGCGGGGUGUGAGCUCGUGCGGCUGGUGGGCGCCGAGGUCGCGAAAUGGAUUCGAGUGAACCGGAGACCCCGCAAACGGAAACGAGGGAAAGAAGUGUUUGAAAAGGUUUUCUCCUCCUCUCUGCCUGCUUCACUUACAAGGACUCUUGUGAUUUGCAUUGGGCCCAUCUGUGUGAUGAAGAAUCAUCCCCUCACCUCUAGGUCAUCUGAUUAACAAUCUUCGUGUCCCUAUGCCAUGUUAACUUAUCCACAAGUACUAGGAAUUAGGACUUGGCCAUUAUCCAUGCUGGACUCUUUUUCUGUGCUGAUUAUGUAAAGGAUAAUGAAUUGGGGGAGCUCAGGUAAAUCCAUAGUGACAAAUCAGAGUGUGGUAUUCCAAGUGAGCUUUUGUAACCUUUUAACAGUUUCUUAUAACUACUUUAAAAAUAUUCAAUGUAUGUACAGGUACACAAACAUACUACCUAACACCGAAGAAAAAUCAUGUUUGUUUGUUUUUUUUACUUUAGUAGGACUUUAAUUUUACUGUAAUAUCUAAUGUCAAACACUGAAUAUAAAGAGAAAUGCUAAGUGUAAUAUGCAAAUAACAUCUUUUUAGUUUAGGGGGAAUUGACAUUUUUCUCUUCAGAGGAGUAAUGCAGUCAUAGUGUUAUUGAUACAAGGAUAAUCAAAUUAAUUUUGUUUUGUCCUUUGAAUUUUUACCUUAAUUUGUUUCAUACUGACACCUAGAGGAAAAUAUCCAACAAAAAUGACGCCAUUUUCAAUGACGUAAACAUCGUUUUUGGUGCUCACAUCUGUUAAAUUUUUUCACAUAGUUUUAGCCACUGUGUACAUGUACCUGAAUGUUAGGCGCCUUGUCUUUUCUGUGUUCCUUUUCCUCAGUCAACUCCUUAAGGCAGAGUCAACUAAGAGAACAGAUGUAUGAAGUUCUGUGGGAGAAAGCAUCAACUGUAUUUGCAUAAAGCAGAACUGCAAUGGUUAAGCUGUCAACAGUUUCCUAGUAGAAAAUGUCUCUGCAGUAGUUAUGACACUUACCUGUAAUGGCUUUCUUUGCCUGUAAAAUUAAUGGUGGAUAGCUUUCUUUCUUAAAAAAAAAAAAGUAUAUUGAAUUUCUCUUUGAAAGGUGUUCUUACUUUAACAAAUCUUCAUGAAUACGUUGUCUAAAAAUCAGUGCUAAUGGGCACAAGAUUGGUACUUUGAUCUUGCCACAAGACUAGUUACAUUAAUCUGAAAUUGACUGUGCUGAGGAGGCCAGGGGGUGGGGUGGAGGGAUGACAUACAUUUGAAGAAGAGCCCUCCCAGGCCUGCACGGGGCUCAGAAAUGCAAGCAUAUGCACCACAGAGGUAUUCUAAGGCUUUUAUAUGUCCGAAUAUUGCUGCCUACAUGGGAAUGAAUGAGAGACUGAAAUUUGUGGGACAAAAAUGGCUUAUGGGCAUGUUCUUGGGAAAAGUUAACCCUUUAAAAUGAUUCAGAGACAGAGAGAUACCAUUCAGGAUGGAAAUACUGAUGUUAGCAGUGUACAUGUUUGCAGGGAAAAAAAUUCUCAGUGGUUGAGGGGAGAAUUGGAACUGGAAAUGUACAUUGUUGAAGCACACACAAGUCAGAUUACACAGAAGAGGAGGCCAGCAUCAGAGCUGUGUUUUUGCCAACCUCACCAGGCCUGGAGGUGGUGUGCAGGUUAUUCUAAGAGUACAGAUUCCUUUGAGCACUAGACCCUGCAAUGCUGUGGCCUGCAGAAACUAUGGGAGAAGAGUGGAGAGCUCAUUUCUUAGUUGUAUUCCUCUCUCCAGCUU